CUUUCCCGGGGACGCCGCCGCCCCCCGCCCCCCGCCCCGCGCCCCCCGCGUCCCCGGCGCCGCCGGCCCGGAGCGCCCGGAAGUCUCGGCCCCGCGCCGGCUCUCGCGAGAGAAAGCCCGGGCCGCCCGGGACCGCGGGCCGCUCCUCCGGACCCAGAGGCCGCUGCUCCGGCUGUCGCUCCAGAUGCUGCUGCUGCCGCCGCGGCCACCGCACCCCCGGUCCUCCUCCCCGGAGGCCAUGGACCCGCCGCCCCCCAAGGCGCCCCCUUUCCCCAAGGCCGAGGGCGCCGCGUCCGCUCCGGCGGCGGCGGCGGGUCCGCGCCCCCCGCGGCUGGGCCGCCACCUGCUCAUCGACGCCAACGGGGUGCCCUACACCUACACGGCGCCGCUGGAGGAGGAGCCGCGCGCGCCCGCGCCCCACGAGGCCGCCCCCGGGGAGCCCGGGCCCCGCAAGGGCUUCAGCUGCCCCGAGUGCGCGCGCGCCUUCGCCAGCCCGCUGCGCCUGCAGAGCCACCGCGUGUCGCACUCGGACCUCAAGCCCUUCACGUGCGGCGCCUGCGGCAAGGCCUUCAAGCGCUCCAGCCACCUGUCCCGCCACCGCGCCACGCACCGCGCGCGCCCGCCGCACACCUGCCCGCUGUGCCCGCGCCGCUUCCAGGACGCGGCGGAGCUGGCGCAGCACGUGCGCCUGCACUAGGCGCCCCGAACCCCAAUAAACAUUCCGCUCGGC